GUUCUGGCGCUCUUCGGUGUUUAUUUGGCGCAGAGCGCUGAGUGGGCGUGUCUGAACGGCAGGUGAAGGCGUGGGCUACUCAGUCCAAACCGGCCGCGAGGCUGAGGCCAGCGUCUUGUUCGGAUUUGCCCAUUCCACCUUAAACGAUGCCACAGUUAGAGGCGCCACAAUGUAUCUGCUGGUCCAUUUAAGGUGGAACGGGAGCUCUGCCUGCUCUGUGUUUGGGAAUCUGGACUGAUCUGCUGCAGGUUUGACAGCCUGGAACCAUAAAGUCUCGUUAUUUGGUGUGUUAAACGUGCGUUUUCCCCUUUAUGCAGUAAAAGCCACUCCUCUCAGUUAUCGGCUGUUCAUCUGAGACAGUGUUUUGAUGGAAACAGGGAUGCAUUACCGCAGGACCAUCUGGCCGUCUGAGCUGAGUUUGGACAUCAGAUCCGGGUGAACAGAACCGACCUGGGAAUGUAAACACAGGGCAGUGAACGGGGUGGGAAUAUGUUUAUGUAUGUAUAGCCCCCUUUUACCCUGUUCUUCAGUGGUCAGGACCCCCAUGGAGCCUCACAGAGCAGGUUCCAUCAACCCUGCGCCCCCUCUCAGGAACGUUGUGGAUCUGUCCAGCCCCUAGAAGGUGAUUCCUGUAGAGACGACUGGUUACAUUAAGUCACCCUGCAGCACACAUCUGGGAUCGUUGUGGAACCGUCUGUCCUCCAGAAGGUGAUUCCUAUAGACACUCCUGAAACACAUGACAUCUUGGUGCAAGGUGUCUUCUGCACACAUCAGUACUUUUACCUCUGCAAACACAUCGGAUGCCAAAAAAUGGAAUACGCUUCAGAGCUAAAAUCAGAAGAGAUUAAGUAUGAGAAUAUGGAAUACUUAAUCAGCUCCAGUUCACAGCCAACAUCACCUGGUACAUCUCAAACACAGACAAAUGAAAGCAAUGAGAGAGUUCACUACUGCUCUGACUGUGGAAAGAGUUUUAAAGAACAACGUGAUCUCCAGCAACACCAGUGCAUUCACGGAGGAGAGAAACCGUAUCACUGUUCAGACUGUGGGAGAAGUUUUAUUCUACAGCAUAACCUAAAGAAACACCGGUGCGUUAUUAUAGAAGUUGAGCCAUAUUCCAGAGGAAAAAAUCAUCUAAAAAAUCAUCAAAACAGAGAAAAGGAGUUAUAUGACUGCUCAGAGUGUGAAAAGAGUUUUACUACACAUAAUAAUCUUCAAGCCCACCAGCGUGUUCACACAGGAGAAAAACCAUAUCGGUGUUCUGAAUGUGGGAAAGGUUUUACUAGACAGAGUAGUGUCCAAAUACACCGACGCAUUCACACAGGGGAGAAGCCGUAUCACUGUUUAGAGUGUGGGAGGAGUUUUACUCGGCAAAAUAAUCUCCAAACACACCAGCGCAUUCACACAGGCGUGAAACCGUAUUACUGCUCAGAGUGUGGGAAGAGCUUUAGAGAUCCAAGUACUCUCAAGAAACACCAGCGUAUUCACACAGGAGAGAAGCCGUAUCACUGCUCAGAGUGUGGGACGAAUUUUAGUCAGCAGAUUCAUCUUCACCUUCACCAACGCAUUCACACAGGAGAGAAACCACAUUACUGCUCAGAAUGUGGGAAGAGCUACAGGCAUUCGAGUUCUUUACAGAGACACAACCAGACUCAUUUUGUGCACCUGUAUCACUGCUCAGGAUGUGGGAACAGCUUCAGUAGACUUAAUCAUUUCCAAGCACAUCAGCGCAUUCACACAGGAGAGAAAACGCAUCACUGUUCAGAGUGUGGAAAGAAUUUUAGUCAAAAGGUUAGUCUCCAAACCCACCAGCGCAUCCACACAGGAGGGAAUCCAACUCAUAUCUGCUCAGACUGUGGAAAGAGUUUUAACCAGCUGUGUAAUCUCCAGCAACACCAGCGCAUUCACACAGGAGAGAAGCCUUAUCGCUGCUCAGAGUGUGGGAAGUGUUUUACUCAACAGGGUCAUCUCCAAACGCACCAGCGCGUUCACACGGGAGAGAAGCCGUAUCACUGUUCAGAGUGUGGGAAACGUUUUCCUGUCAAAAGGCUUCUCCAACUACACCAGUACAUUCACACGGGAAAAAAGCCAUAUCAGUGCUCAGAGUGUGGGAAGAGUUUUACUCAACGGAGUCAUUUCCAAACUCACCAGCGCGUUCACACUGGAGAGAAGCCGUAUCUCUGUUUAGAGUGUGGGAAAAGUUUUACGGCCAAAAAGCUUCUCCAACUACACCAGCACGUUCACACAGGAGAAAAACCAUAUCACUGCUCUCAGUGCGGGAAGAGUUUUACUCAACAGAGCCAUCUCCAAAACCACCAGCGCAUUCACACUGGAGAGAAACCGUAUUACUGCUCCAAAUGUGGGAAAAGUUAUACUCUACACAGUACUCUCCAAAAACACCAGCGCGUUCACACAGGAGAGAAACCCUAUCACUGCUCAGAGUGUGGGAAGAGUUUUAAUCAAAAGGUUAACCUACAAAUUCACCAGCGGAUUCACACAGGAGAGAAACCAUAUCACUGCACAGAGUGUGGGAAGAGCUUUAAUCAGAAGAUUAAUCUACAAAAGCACCAGCGCAUUCACACAGGAGAGAAACCGUAUCAGUGCUCAGAAUGUGGGAAGAGUUUUACUCUACAGAGUAAUCUCCAAACCCACCAGCACAUUCACACAGGAAAGAAACCGUAUAACUGUUCACAGUGUGGGAAGAGUUUUACUCUACAGAAUUACCUUCGAAAACAUCAACGCAUUCACACAGGACAGAAACCGUUUAACUGUUCACAGUGUGGGAAGAGUUUCACUCUACAGAAUUAUCUCCAAAAACACCAGCGCAUUCACACAGGACAGACAGUGUGUUACUGUUCAGACUGCAAGAAGAGUUUCAAGCAUUUGACAAGUUUACGGAGACACAAAUGCAUUAAGAAGGAGGCAGAAACCUGACACCUUUGUAUCAGUUUAAUAAACAUAGCUUUUCUGUUUUUUUUUUUUCAUGUACAUGUACAGAGUUGCAUUCAAUUUUUCAUAUUUAUGUCCUAAUAUCUGAUGAAACCAAUUAAUAUUGUAAGAUUGAACAUCCCGACUUGUACAUGUACAUUAACUAUCAACCCAUAAUUUUAAGGUUUUAAUUUUUAUUGCUGUUUAUUAAGUUCCUUAUGAGUUAAAAUUAAAGCAUGUUAUAGAGGUGGUCAAAGUGUUGGUGGUAAAUGUCAUGUAAUUCAGGUUAUUAAAAUCUGACAUCAAGUCA